AUGCAUGAUCCGAGAAUGGAAGUGAGGAAUAGAGACAUUAAACCUACUAACAAAGUAAUAGGUUGUCUGUUUGAAGAGCCGCGUUUGGAGGAGAGAGAAGCGGAGAAGAUUGCGUAAGAACAAGAAAUGUACGGGCAAAACGAGGAAAGGAAAGUGGAAUAUAAUUUUGAUUUCUUGAAUAAUAAACCUCUGCAACGUCCUAGUUCUCGCUUUUCUAAUUGGGAGAUGGUUGGACCAAAUAACCAAUCAAGAUCUCUUAGAGCUGGUUGCAAACUACCAAGAUGACUCAAACUAUCAAGAUACUCUUGAGUAGAUAUGUCUAUGAUCCAUAACUAGAAUCAUUGAAUGUAUGGAACAUGAAGAAUAAAUAAUAAUAUUUCCGUAGACUGGACUGAAACGGUAUAUAAGUAUGUUGAUGAUCGAGGUAAACGGGUCAGGAACCGUGAUCACUGACUCUGACUCAAGAUUUUUAGUUUCGUGGAUCACACCAUAAUGUUGUACAUCAGUACUGUUGUAUAAGUAUAAUAAUUAUAUGUGGCACGUACACGUCGCCAGAUCCUAAUUUAUAGAGGGAAAAUUACUGAUUUUAUUGAUGAUGUACAUGCGGAGUAUGCUAAUGCAGUACUCAACAUUUCAAUUUUAUGCUUUGCUAGUAUUACAAGUAAACAGCAAUCAGCCCAAGACUACUAGAAUAACAGCGUUAGAUUUCUUCCUGUGCUGAGUCAGGCCAAGGAAAAUUUACUGCAUGCCUCUAUACUAAUAGCGAGGACAGUGAUUCGCUGUCGCUGCCUUUGUAAAAGUAUUGAUAUAGUCUCCCUCGCGGCCGACUGGUAUGGAUGCGACAAUGCCUGAUUUUAUGGAAAUUAUUAAAUAAUUGGCACCUAGUGAAAUAUUGGCAACAAUAAAAACUAGAAACUAGCCUACAUGUACGAUAGAUUACUUGAUAUGACAAUGUAUGCAUAAAUAUAAGCGAAAAGUUUCUGUAAUGGAAAUCAAUCUUGUUGAAAUAUAAUACCAACUCGGGCUCUCAUAUAGCAAUCCAAUCAUAAUGCGUAUUUUCUCCGUAUUUUCUCCUACGUUUUGAGUUGAAAUGCUGCAUGACUAAAAAAGACUGAAGGAAUAUUCGGAAGUGAAGGAAUACUUGGAAGUGAAGGAAUAUUAAUGCAUCACGGAGGAAUAAUUACACAUAAUAUGUCAUCUGCCUUCUUAUUAUUCGCGGUUCUGAAAUAAUUUGCCAUAACCACUCUUCUGCUGGAAUCAGCUUCCUGAAAGACCGAUUAGAAUUAUUCCAAUAGCGUCCAGUUCAGAAAGUAAGCAUGCAUGGUUGUGUGAAUGUCGGAUGAUAGAGUUAGAUAAUAUAUACGUAGCUUCAUUCCACAGAUGCACAUGCACUGAAGCAGUAAUAUUUUAUGCUGACUUAAUCAAGUUUCACUCUGGCGGGAGUUGUUUGCAUAUAUUAACAUCUCUCGCAUAUUUCUGACGGAAAUUCGAAGCGGGUCAAGUCUAAGAACUUGGUCUUAGAAUGUGCAUGUUUUAGUUGACUUGAGACACUGCUUGUUGACGUAGAUAUUUGUAAAUACGUUCAAUAAAGACCAACAAUGGAUAGUACGAAAAUAGAAGAGAGAAAAAGAGAUAUUAAACCUACAAACAAAGUCAUACGUUGUCUGUUUGAAGAGCCGAGUUUGGAGGAGAGAGAAGCGGAGAAGAUUGCACAAGAACAAGAACGGUACAGACAAAAUGAGGAAAGAAAAGCGGAAUAUAACUUUGAUUUCUUAAAUGAUAAACCUCUGCAACUUCCUAAUUCUCGCUUUUCUAAUUGGGAGAUGUUCAGAGGACCAAAUAAAGAACCUGUUAGUAAACCUGGUGGCAAACUACCCAGAUAA